CUGCUUUCAUUUUUGACCCUCGCCGAUUCGAUUCGAUCUACCGGUAUCUGCUGUUCUGUUCUGGAUUGAGAAAGCAGAGCAACCAGCUUCAGAUCAAUUGAAUAGUGUACAAGUAGAAGGUAGUCUACUACGGUACGGUAGUAAGUGGUGAUGGGACGAAAGCAAAAAGCUCCCAAGAAGCUGAGUCUCGAUGAAACGGGAUCUGUGUUUGAGUAUCUUUGGAAUCCUGGAGACAAAGUUUCCACGCCACGCAAAGAAGACAAUGCGGAUCAAGGCAGCACACUCUUGGGGCGACUAUGGGCUGCAGCGGAUGCCUUGACUGAUGACGCUGCUGCUCCACCACUACGGAAACCAACGAAAUCGUCCAAGAAGAAGAAAUCCGUGGACACAAGUACCACGAACACGAACACGACGAGCAAUGACGAACCGUUGGAACUCCAAGUAGCGCCUGGAACGAACCCUCAAGGACAAGAAAUUCCAGGAUCUGCCUUGAUUGUGUAUUAUGUACACACUAGUACUAAUACAAGCAGUAGAAGACGGGAGGAUUCGGCAGAGGUUCACUUGAAGCAAUGGCAGCUCGGUCCUGCUGUUCAAUUGAGGACCUUGACUGCAAGAAACUGUCAAGGGCAGCAAAUGGGCGAAAUGCUGCCAGCGCAACUUCCAAUUCGUGUCUUGACUUUCCAGGGGGCCUUGGAAUUGCUGCACUUGUGCUGUGCCACAACAAAACUCAAACGGGGAGAAACUGCAAUGGCAUCCACCGGGGAUUCUUGUCAGCACUUGGCUCACGCCGUGGAGAAACGCUUGUUUCUAUUGAUCAUUCAUCAGAAGAAGGAAUCAACACCAACCUACACCGUAUCCCUUUCACUCACAGACUUUGCCUUUGACACGUGUCAUCCAGCCAAAUUAUCAGUCCGGGAAACCUCUCAUACCAAAGCAUUCCAACUCGCGCACUGCCUCAAUCAAUCUCUCAUGGCUUUAUUCCCAAAACAAACGGAACUAUUACCAUUGUCACAAAAGUCAAGAGACAACACUUCUUCUGCCCCAUUUAUCAAUGCCAAGGAUGUGUACGCAUUGGUCGAUAAUGUCAAACUCAAACACAUCAUGAACCGAAAAAAGCCACCUCCAGGCAGUCCUCAAGAAGAACCAUUGACCGUGCCAGGAUUGAAACCAAAAUUACGACCGUACCAGGAAGCGGCAGUCCAGUGGAUGCUCCAACGAGAAAAAGGAGAAAGUGGAUCCAAUACUGCUGCUGCUGCAGCUGCCAAUCAAAACAAUGGAAGGGAAUGGGAAUUGGCAUGGGUCAUUGUCACUACAUCAUGUACGACAACAUCAACAUGUACGACAUCAACAACAGCCGUCAACAAUCAUACAUACCCUAUGGCACGGCUGUAUAGUCUACCGGAAUAUAUGCAACAAUUUCCACUUCGACAACGACAGACGGAGGAUCCUUCCAAACAUUUUUUAUUUUGCCCAUUCACCGGAUGGCUAGCCGACUCGGUCAAGGAUGCCAUGGACAUGACACUACCGGUACGCAGUCUACCUAUUCCGGACAAACCAUAUACGGAAGCAAAAGGAGGAAUUUUGGCAGAGAGCAUGGGACUGGGGAAAACGGUGGAAGUGCUGGCAGUCAUUUUGGCAAAUCCACAUCCCAGCUAUCCACGAAAUAAUAAUACUGUGGUAGUAUCCUCUUCGUCCUCCUCUUUGGCGCCCUCGGAGGAAUCGUCGUCGCAAGUCACGGACAGUCAAGAAACCGGGGAUAGCACACAAAGCAAACAUGGCAACAAUCAGAAUAAUCCACCAUUGGGGGAACCUCUUGGGACGCAAAAGCGGAGACGAAUUAUAAAGGACUCUACCAAACAAUCUACCCACAGUUUGGACUCUGCAGACGAUAUUAGCGACGAUGAUGAUACAUGCAGUGAUGACUCCUUGCCCAUUGCACAGCUCAAAAACAAAAAUCAGAGUGCUAAAGAGGCGACAAGCAUUUUGUCACGUGAGCAAAGCCGUUGCUCGAACAAUGAUGACGACACCGACACUGAAAUCGUUGUUGAAACACCUACGAGCCUCGAGGAGCGAUGGAUAUGUACGGGGAAUGGGGAGAUUGGAUCCUGUAUUUGUGGAAGAUCCAUAUCGUUUGUCCCCGAAAUGCCUCCUGAAGAUUCGGUUGUCGUCUGCCAAGGGUGCCGUGAGCCCAUGCAUUGGACAUGUGCCGCAUUCGGCAAGGAACGGAAACAGCUUGCUACCAUGAACCGUGGAGUCUUGUUCCGUCACAAGCUCUCGAAAGAUGGUUUUUGGUGCCGACUUUGUCCCGAAACAUUUUGUCCCUGCUGUGUUGGAAGCGCUGAUUCGGGGACAAAUGACAAGCUUCAAAGUAGGGCAACAGUGAUUGUAGCCCCUGCUGCAAUUCUGAGCCAGUGGGAGCGUGAGAUCAAAAUGCAUGUUCGAGAUCCCAUCAAAGUCGUCGUCUACUCUGGUGUGAAGAUUCUCAUGAACGAGCAACAACAACGACGGAAGAAAGGCGGACACGAAGCCUUUCAAUUCGUCCACCCUCGGCUACUGGCAGACAAUGACUUGAUUCUGACUUCCUUUGAAACUCUGCAACAGGAUCUUGGGCAUAGCGACAAAAAUCCUUUUGCGUCAGGGAGGGCAUCGCUGCGAAAGAGAAAACGUUACCGGGUUGUGCCUUCGCCGCUCUCAACUAUUUCGUGGUGGCGCGUUUGCCUCGACGAAGCACAACGUGUGGAGACCCCAACUGCUGGGUCUGCACAAAUGGCUCUCAAGCUUGACACUGGACAUCGAUGGGCAGUCAGUGGAACUCCGGUUGGUCGAGGCAAACUAGAAGAUCUAUUCGGGUUGCUGGUGUUUCUGAGGUCAACUCCCCCUUUCAAUGACUGGAAUUGGUUUCGGAUUUGCUUCCCAUCGUCUGGUGGGGCCGGCUGGAAAAGUAGGUUGAGGCUCCUUCUAGGGUCGGUCUUUUGGCGUUCCACAAAGUCGAACGAGCUUGUCGCAGAACAGAUGGCGGUGCCUCCACAAAUAGAAAAGAAAAAUCUACUCAAGUUUUCAAGUAUCGAGCGUCAUUUCUAUAUGACCCAACUGGAUAAGACUUUGCAAAUCGCCGGAGAUCUCCAAAGCAAAACAAAGCCAAAGGAUGGUGCUCCCUUCACCAAGAGACCUCGAGGUACCAAAAGCUUGGAAUUGCUUGCUACCGAGAUGCACAAUCUGCGUGCUGCUUGUUGCCAUCCACAAGUAGGCUCAAGUGGAUUGGCGCUGGGAAAACGAUCCCGAACACACGGCAGCGUCAAGGUCUUGACAAUGACGCAGGUCUUGGAUCGGUUGAUUUACGGUGCCAAGAACCAAUGCGAGGAAGCACUCCGCGUAUCCAUUUUUCAUUCCAAUGCAAUCGCGGGGAUUGCAAGGCUCAAAGUGGACGCAAAGCGAUACCACCACAUUUCAAUAGCAGAGCACGACGAUUUUCUCUGGGCAGAGAGCUGUAAGCUGUACCAAGAUGCGCUUGACCUUGUCGACAAAAACGCAUCGCCGAGUCUCGCAACCGGAGAAGCCUUGCUUACAGGCAGUCGUGGCUUUCGUUCCAACCAAAAGCAAAGUCACGGGGGGAAGGCCGUGCUGGACUGGCAGAUCCAGCAACAUGAAACUGCCCGUGCAAACCAAAGAAGUGGCGAAGUCAAACAUCUCUUUGCAAACUUUGAAUUCGACGAGCCAAGGAAGAUGCGGCAAAUUCGAGUCCGAUCAAAAGCAGAGCUCACCGACGAGUCAAGUUGGACCCUGAGAUAUCCCAAAAGCUGUGCUUUGCAAGUUUCUAGCAAGACAGGCGACGAGUUUAUGGACAUUCUCUUGUUUGAAAUCCCGGAGCCAGACCCUGCAUGUGAUCCUAAUAGUCACUGGAUUGUCCAUGGAGGGGCUUGGGUGCAAAGAUCGAAAAACUGGCGUUUAGUUGUGAGGAGUUUCCAUCCUCUCACUGUGGCGUCGAACGACGAUGCAGGGUCCCCAAUGGAUGAAUACAUUGCUUUGGAAUUCGAGCUCUACGAGCCCAACGUGGCAAGCGACUCACUGCAGAGGCUCCACACGUUGCACAAUGCGAUAAUCUCCUUCCGCGGUUGGUUGGCUGCUCCCUGUCAGACAGAGAAGUCACGUCUUCCCAUUUCACUUUCAGCAACCGAAGCAAACGAGAAAUUGGGAGCUAUGCAAAGCCAAAUCGUUGAGAUUGAACGACACCAGUUGGACUACAUCCGUGGUCUACGCGAAACGUGUCUUUCUCGGUUCAAAGCCUUGACGGACUCACGGCGACGUCUUGAGAACGAACUCGUGAAGCUUUGGAUGGUGCUCUCGAAAGAGAAGCCGGCUGGUUUCUGGGAUGUAUGCUGGUGGGACUUUGUCAUUUCGACGGCAAAAUUCUGCUCAGCUGAGCAACAACUGUCCUUGCUGGAGAAGGUAAACGAGGCUGUCGAAGCAUCCAAGCUCUACUACUCUGGGGAUCGGCAAGACGCGCUGCCAGAAUUUCGGUCCAUUGAUGAAUUGCUUCUGUUCACCAAGACUCGGUUCGAAACAAUCCUCGAAGGGAUGCAAAAGGGGAUGUAUGACAAGUUCAUUCAAAAGACGACGGACCUUUCGCCAAACCCAACCAGAGAGGAGGUGCUGGAAAACAAGUAUUGCCAAGUCUGUAAAGCAGAAUGGUAUCAAACUGGGGAGAAAUGUCGCCACUGCGUCUUGGAAGAAAAUUUGAUGAAGAUUCAGUGCGAAGAGGAAAAGAUUGUGAGAAACAUUUUGACUGCCAUCUUCAAGUGGUUGCGAACACAAACUAGUACCAAUCGGAAAGCAACCAAUGCAUCAAGCCCGUUAAAGGAUGCUGCUGCCGUGGCUGCCAAGUUCUUUGAAGCGCACGAGGUUUCAAUGAAGGAAAUCCUUGCGGCCAAGCGGUCUUGGCGUGUCCAUCUCGACUUUUUGAAUAUCAUCGAUGAGCUCGAAGCAUGCAAGACGUCAAUGAGACUGAUGAACGAGGGCGAAGAUAUCCGUGAAAUGUCAGAAGAACAGCAAGGCCUUCUGGUGGUUCCCGUUGACAUCCAAGCCAAGUAUUACGAACAUGACACGAAGAAAGCGAUGGCCGAAGGCAACCUGAGGCGACAAAAGGAUGCUCUUAGUUUUCUAAAGAGGCAGAGUAUCGAACAGGAGGAGCAUGCCAGCGAUGACGAUCAGUGCCCGGUUUGCUACAACUCUUACACUAGUGAUAGAGCGGUUCUGGCUUGCGGGCAUUCGUUCUGUCGCUCCUGCGCGGAUCAUCUGAAGAAGCCUUCAGGUCUCAUCAAAUGCCUGUACCGGUGCACUAUCACAACCAGGUACGAGGACAUCCUGACGGCAUCGAACCAACGUGGCGACGAUGGCAGUCGCGCCCUUCGGAGAGUCAAGGGGUCUUGGGGGACAAAGGUGACCGCCAUUGUUGCGGACUUGCUUUCCUUUCGCGACAAGGAUGAGAAGAGCAUUGUGUUCAGCAUGUGGGAAGACAUGCUUGAUAUUGUCCAAGAAGCAUUGACUGCGAACGAAGUGAAAUACGUUCGCGCCUCGAGUUUGCGUCAGCUUGGAAAGUCGACACAGAAGUUUCAGUCUUCUGACGUGCUUCUGCUCAACGUGAAGAAUGGUGCCGAAGGGUUGAAUCUCAUCGAGGCAACCCACGUGCUCAUGAUUGAACCGCUCUUGAAUUCGGGUCUGGACAGCCAAGCUGCAGCAAGGAAUCACCGGAUUGGCCAGACUCGACAGACCUUUUUGCAUCGGUACAUUGUGGAGGACACGGUUGAGGUUGGAAUUGACAAACACAGAGAGCAACACCAGAGGCAAGAUGAGAUUGAAGAUGCCAUCAGUGGCUGCCGAAAAGCUUCCAUAAACGCUGGUGGCAUCGAUGGUGGCUUUUCAAGCAAGGAAGAGUUGAUGAGCAUCUUGGGAAAAAUCGGGUCCUAAACUCUAGCUAGCAUAGUGAAUCAAUGGGGGUUUAGAGUAGGAAAUUAUCUGCGGAAGCCAGCCGGGGCCAGGCUUAAGCAAAGAAUGAUCGAAUGAUUGAAUCGAUAGAAAGGAGCUAUCUUGAUAGCGCACUACAACUAAUGCAUACUGGACCGCCAUGGGAAAAGGUGAACUACUAGGAAGAGGAAUGAAGUCCUGAUAAUCUAUCUACCUGCACU